AUUCCACAUCGAGCAGCUUGGAACAACAUUAUUCGACGCGCUCGAAGCGUAGCGAACGCAGUGGCGAUAACUUAUUGAACCCAACGCCACGCUUUCCGCGGUUCAGCCGAAUCACCCGCCAACCCCUUUGACGAUGAAGAGUAUUGUGACGCUCGCCGUGGUAGGUGUGCUUCUCAGUGUGCUGUCCACCGAGGCGUACGUAUACAUCAAUCCCGACGCCAAAAGUCCUGAUCAAGAUGGGCACUGUUACGACAAAGAAACGCAGAUCACGUUCCCGGUCGGGGAAUCACGCCAGCGCCCCGAGCGCUGUGAGUCAAUGCGCUGCGACGAUCGCUACUCUCUGAGUGUGGCUGGCUGUGGCGUUAUGAUGGGCGGACCCGGUGUCAUCAUCAGCAAAACUGACUACUCGAAACCGUACCCCGACUGUUGCCCCCAUGCAGUGAUGAGCGAGGAGAACUUAGUCUAGGGCUAGCCGAACCGCUAAAAACAAGUGAAAUAAAUUGGAUUCUUGAC